ACAUAUAAGUGCUGGAAAUCCUUCUGUCUGUCAUACCUUGCGCCUUGUUUUCCGCUGGGAUAAUUUGCAGUCGGUUAACAAAAUGCCUGUAAGCCUCUGUGGAACUUGGGACAUGGUGAGCAAUGUCAACUUUGAGGGAUACAUGAUUGCUUUAGGUGUCAGUCUGUACACCCGCAAGAUCGCCCUAAGGCUAAAACAUCGUAAAGUGAUCGAGCAGCUGGGGGAUCAAUAUGUCGUCAAGACUCUCAGCACCUUCAGAAACUACACUUUCUCCUUCAGAGUCAACGAGGGGUUCAAAGAGUUCACCAAGGGGCUGGAUGACAGACACUGCAAGUCUCUGGUGACAUGGGAGGGGAACAAGUUGGUGUGCAUUCAAAAGGGUGAGAAGAAGAACAGAGGUUGGUCGCACUGGAUCGAGGACGACAAACUCCAUUUGGAAUUGUACUGUGAGGAUCAGGUCUGCAAGCAAGUUUUUAAACGGGUUGUUUGAGGUCCUGCUGUGGCGCUUACUGUGAGAAAAGGUGUACUGAUGUAAACAAAGUCAGAGGAAUAUGAGGAAGGAAGAAGAACCAUGAGUUUUAAACUUCUGCCUCAAAGCCUGACUAGUCAUUUACAUCCAGUGAGAGAGGCUUGCAGACUGAGGAAGAGUAUGAGCAUGAUGUAUAAUGCCACUAGAGGGUGCCACAAGACCACGAACAAACUAAAGUCAGGCCAACAGCAGUUCACUCACUGGAAACACUGUAUGUCGUCAAUAGUUAUGCCACCAUUGCCUAACCAUGUUUACGUGUAAUACAAGUACCUCGCUCAAAGACAUUUAGCAAUCUGUAAUGUGCUUCUGUAUUUUUGUAACAAAAAUACAAAAACAAUUUGUAGCUGGUUUAGUUUUAUUAUUAUUUUUUGUUUAUUUUUAUAAUCUUGUUAAGAUUUAUAGCUUUUUGUUAAAUACGCUAAUUUUGUUCAUUCGGUUACUUGAAUUCAACACCUUGUUCACUUACUUGAUUGUCCCUUAUUGUGCAAUAAACUUUGAAACAAGUUAAAA